AUGUCCUCCUCCGCCGUCUCCCCUCUCCUUCAUCCGCCGCCGCCUCCACCGUCGAUCUCAAUCUCGAGCUUUUAUCUCACCGGUCUCGGCAUCGGCAACUUGGUCUUCAUAAGCUUCUCCGUAUUUUCCCUCCUCUCCUCCUUCGUCUUCUUCUCCUGCGUCUUCUUCCGCCGCCGACGCCGCCGCCUACGUCGCCGCACCUCCGCGGCUGUAUCCACCGAAGAAAGCGACAUUAUCUCCCCCCGCGUGAUAUUCGUCGCGGAAGACGACGACGAUGACCAUGACCUUGAGGAAAGCGUCGUCCCAAGGUUCGAUCAGUCCGUCAUCAACUCCUACCCUAAAUUCCAGUUCUCGAAGGAACCGGAGGGCGGAGGAUGUACCACGUGUUCGAUCUGUCUAUGCGAGUACAAGGAAGCGGAGAUGCUGAGGAUGAUGCCGGAGUGCAAACACAGUUUCCACUUGUGUUGUCUCGACGUGUGGCUUAAACUCAAAAGAUCUUGCCCUGUCUGCCGGAACUCGCCGCUUCCGACACCGCAAUCAACGCCGUCAUCGGAGGUUGUGCCGUUUGGCAGAAUGCCGCCGAUCGGAGAGUUACUCCACUAUGAUUAUACAUAA